AUGGAACUCGCAGAAGAUUGCGUAGUAAAUUCGGUUAUGGUACACAGUUACUUUACUUCAGUUAAAGCCGGCUUAUGGAGUUUAAGGCAUUACAUCGAUUGGGCUUGUUGGAUAGUUAAGCAAAGAUCGAUACCACAAUCUAUUCGUGUUAUUGCUAACCGGUUUGCUGAAGAUAAGGAGGUGAAUGUCAAUAACGAGGCACUGCUUCGUCACUUCACAUCACUUACAGAAUCCCAUAUAAUUCAGCUUCCUGAAACUAAGGUACUUACGGAAGAUCUUCGAAUGAUGUAUGAACGAAUAUACAAUGGAAAAUAUAGCAAGUCCCUUUAUGAGACCAUGGCGCACGUACAGAAAAAAAUAGUCCAUGUGCAGAAAGAAGAGGAAAUAUUUGCUUCAGUCGCAGAAAUACAUUCUAAAAAACAAAAGAACGAUGGUAAUUUAAAUAAAGGUGGUGAUCCAUCACUCUUAUCAACUUCCAUCGAUGUUAACAACAAUCAUGAACAAAACCAACGUCAAGCAGAUUAUUAUGAUUAUGAAUCAGUCUCCGAUUCAUUUGAAGAAGAUGAUUGUGAUGAUUAUAAGGUAGAAGACGAUAAUUGCAACAAAGAUAAUGUAAAGAGUAAAAAG